ACCCGGAAACGUGUUGACAAAUGUGAUUUUGUUCAUGCCGAUGCGCAUUACGACACUUAUUUGAAAUGCUGACUGCUUGACAUUUCGUCCUCGUCUUUAUACACCGUAUGCACAAUGCUGAAAUAUUUGGUAGCUCUUAUAUCAAUGGUGUUGGCCGUGUGGACGGUGCCGGAGUGGCUCACGUUCCCAAUCUACGGCAGCGUAGUGAACGUGCUGGAGUCUUGGCUGCGGCAGCAGGUCGGUGAUAAGCCAGCAUCUGCUCCGGGGCGCUUGCUGACCGAAGAUGAGCUGUCUUUAUACAAUGGAGAAGAGAACAGUAAAGGAUUGUACCUGGCCAUCUUAGGACAGGUGUUUGACGUUGAAAAGGGGCGGAAACAUUACGGCCCUGGCGGCGGGUAUCAUUUCUUUACAGGGAAAGACGCGUCAAGGGCGUUUAUUACAGGGGAUUUCACAGAGACCGGCUUAAGUAGCGACGUCUCUGAUUUCACGGACUCCCAGAUUGUGGCUCUUUAUGACUGGCUGUCAUUUUAUCAGAAGGACUACACUCCAGUAGGUAAACUGAUGGGCCGAUUCUACACAGAAACCGGGCAGCCCACUGAUGCUUUGUUACACGUUGAGGCUUUCUUGUCUGAGGGGUUGAAGAAAAAGGCCCAGGCUCAGAGUGAAAUGCAGCUGUACCCAGCCUGCAACUCGGAGUGGAGCGAAGCCAGCGGGGGACGUGUAUGGUGCUCUACAAUGAGUGGUGGCAUUCACAGGGACUGGGUUGGAGUUCCCAGAAUGCUCUUCUCCCCUGGGUCUGGCCAUUCCCGAUGCGUGUGCAUACGACUGUCAGAUCCUGUUCACGUCGAGAACCGAAACCUCAGAGAGUACAAAGACUGUCCUCCUCAUGCAGAGUCCUGUCGCGUCACCAAAGACUGAGCUACAAGUAUACAUAACACUAUUUGCAUUUCAUUUAACAAUUUUUUCAUUUCAAUUGAUUGUAACAGGCACAUUCCAAGUGACUGAUGCUGCUUGUUAUGUUUCUAAUUUAAUUCAUUCUGUUGCAGUUUGUGGCCAAGUAUAUUACUCGUGCCAUUAAAGAUUGUUCAAUAAGACAA